CUUGUGGUUCAGGGGUAGAGCAUAGUGUAUUGUGUUGGACAUUAAAAUUGAUCCUGUCGUCCUGAAAUUGGUUUCGCAUCCACGAACCGCAGGAACACCACUGAACACUGGCAAGAUGGCCCACAUACGGACGAGUAUCCUUUUACUCAUAUUCAUAAGCCUUGUGACACUAUCGAUAGGAAGUGAAAGCUCGCCGGUCAAUUCUCCGACCAGCGUUCCCAGGGUUGGUCCCUGGCCAUUGUCGCUAUCAGCACAAUCUCAAUAUAAGAGCUUCCAACGCACGAAGUCUAGUGUCCCAUACACCCAAAAGCAAUCAUUCCUUAUUCAAAGCUCUGUGGCUACGCUGCGGUAUUCACCUUCCGACUCUAUCCCUGGUUCUCCUUCGAUUUUGGUUCCACCUCCAAGUUCAACGCCUAUAUCGUUCACCAGUAUUCAACCACAAGACCAAUCCCCCAGCCCAGCAUCAAGCCCAGCAUUAGGCACUACCUUGGUCGGAUUAUCUGGACACUCCAUUACUCCAGCUGCGGUAUGGACGAGUGGGACAAUCUCAGGCUUGGGGUCAAGUGGAAGGCCCGAUGCGUCGGGGACUGUUCAUUUGACGACAACAGUGUCUCCAAAUAUUAAAUCCAGUACUUCCCAAGAGCCUACAGCUUUCACAAGCUCAGAGUCCGAAACCACAACGCUAGCGAUAAUUACUGCAUACACAGUAGACGCGUCCACUGUGAGUGUAAGUGGUACAGUAACAACCAACACGCAUACACGGACCGGAGAUUCCAGCCAUGCUACCGCCAUCGUUCCACUGCUGGUUGGUUGUUGGUUCUGCCCAAGCAUUCAUGAAGGCAUUCUGCUCUGGGGCAUGUCACUGCCAGGGAUUUAUCCUCCACCAGUCAAACCACCCCUUCCUGCAUGGCCAACGAUCACCAUUGGGGAGAAUCUGAUUCCCACGCCCGACCCAAGCAGUGACACCGAUGACAAGACCACUGCUAGUAGUAGUACAUCUUCCUCGACACAUUCAUCGAUGGAAAGUCCUUCCACGACUGAAACGGCGACCCAAUCAACCAGUUUCAGUUCGCAAUCCACUGAGACACUAUCAACUGCGACCAGCACCGCUUCGGAUUCAUGUGAUGCGAGCCCGUCAUCGAAGCGACCGUAUUCGGGGCAACCUCUGAGUCGCAGAACUGAGCUCACCGUGGAACUUGAUGAUCCGCUUGGGACAGCGCUGAGUUACCUCGGAGUCGAGGGGCUUCAAAGUGCCAGUUUGUUUGUCAGCAACAAACAGGAGGGUACGCGACAAAAAAGGAUUAUUAACACAUGGGCCAUGGGUGUGGGUGGCACCUAUGAACUUCCCCGAGGCGGGGUCACGAUCGAAGGAGUCCACCUAACUGGCAAGAUACCGUGGAUGAUCCGGUGGGAUAAAGAUCCAGUCAAGGGAGUUCAUGUCAAUGGGGUCUGGGGUAAAGGCCCGGGUCGGGUCAAGGUAGCGUACAAGUUUCACCCCGAUGAGAAUGGCGGAGAUUCGAUCGGAUGGAGCGCAUUGGUGGACAAUGUCACCAAACUCAAUACGGCGACGAAGAUCAAGCCCUGGGGGCAAAGAACGUUAGAGGAGCAGAGAACGCUGACAGUUUCGUUCAAGGACGGGGGAAAUGAGGCGGACGCUGUUCAGGCUAUUAUUAGAGUCUGGAGUACCUUGAUCACCACCGGAUCGUCCGUUCUAGUUUCCACUAGAAUGAAAGUCACGUACCAAGGUUCCAUCUUCGUCACGAUGUCUUGACAUGUAAAUGAUGUGGUGGAAGAAUAUUUAGGGAAGAGAGUACUACUUGUGAUUGGCAAGUUGUUGCAGGGUUAGGCAGCGGCAUGCCAGAUCACGGGGUACCACGGGG